UGAUUGGCAGAGUUAUCGUAUUCACCGGGACGAUCAUUCACCAUUCGUCCCUCCCUCUCUGAGUGCAGAACGCUUGGGGACACCCCGGAGCUAAAAGGACUGAUUCAUCCAAAAAAAAACUUGAUCAUCUUUUCUCUUGUCUCUCUUUCCCCCCUUCCUCUUUGAAACAUGGAUCCAUCCACAGCCUGUUGAUGCCUCCCUCUACUGUGGGCUCCAGGAUCGACAGUAGAUGGAGUUCAACUCUAUCUCAGAAGCAGGGGAUCGCCAGUGAAGAGCAUACAGUAGCUGGCACCGCCUCGAUUUAGGCAGCAAACUCUUCCCGGAGCCGGCAUCAAUUCCAAGGAAGCAAAAUGGGGAGCAAAGGUCACUACAGGUAUCAUUGGCAGAGUCACAAUGUCAAACAGAGUGGAGUGGACGAUAUGGUGCUUCUCACAAAAAUCACAGAGGAUGGCAUUGUGGACAACCUGAAGAAACGAUACAUGGAUGAUUAUAUUUUUACAUAUAUUGGGCCUGUGCUUAUCUCUGUGAACCCAUUCAAACAGAUGCCCUACUUUGGAGAAAAGGAAAUCGAAAUGUAUCAAGGAGCAGCCCCAUAUGAAAAUCCACCUCACAUCUAUGCUCUGGCAGAUAACAUGUAUCGGAACAUGAUUAUUGAUGGGGAAAAUCAAUGUGUCAUCAUCAGUGGUGAAAGUGGGGCUGGAAAGACAGUGGCUGCAAAAUACAUCAUGAGUUAUGUCUCCAGAGUCUCUGGUGGUGGGCCCAAAGUACAGCAUAUAAAGGACAUCAUUCUUCAAUCAAAUCCACUCCUAGAAGCAUUUGGGAAUGCUAAGACAGUGAGAAACAAUAAUUCCAGCAGAUUUGGGAAAUACUUUGAAAUCCAGUUUAGCCCAGGUGGGGAGCCAGAUGGUGGAAAAAUCUCCAAUUUCCUACUGGAAAAAUCCCGGGUUGUUACACGGAAUCCUGGAGAACGAAGCUUCCAUAUUUUUUACCAGCUCAUUGAGGGUGCAUCUGCAGACCAAAAGUCUAACCUGGGAAUCACUAAUCUGGACUACUAUUUUUACCUCAAUCAAUCUGGUUCCUACAAAGUGGAUGACAUUAAUGAUCGGAAGGAUUUUCAGGAAACAUUGCACGCUAUGAAUGUGAUUGGAAUCUUUGCUGAUGAACAGGCGAUGGUUUUACAGAUUGUGGCUGGUGUACUUCACAUGGGGAACCUCAGUUUUAAAGAGGUUGGCAACUAUGCUGCUGUAGAAAGUGAAGAAUUUCUGGCAUUCCCAGCUUUCCUACUUGGUAUUGAUCAAGAACGAUUAAAGGAAAAAUUGACCAGCCGGAAAAUGGACAGCAAAUGGGGAGGAAGGUCUGAAAGCAUUAAUGUGACAUUAAAUGUGGAGCAGGCAUGUUACACAAGGGAUGCACUUUCCAAGGCUCUUCAUGCACGCAUUUUUGACUAUUUGGUAGAUUCUAUUAACAAAGCCAUGGAGAAAGACCACGAGGAGUACAACAUUGGAGUUCUAGAUAUUUAUGGCUUCGAGAUUUUUCAAAAAAAUGGCUUUGAGCAGUUUUGCAUCAACUUUGUGAAUGAAAAGCUCCAGCAGAUAUUCAUUGAGCUCACUCUGAAAGCUGAACAGGAAGAAUAUGUGCAGGAGGGAAUUAAGUGGACUGCAAUCGACUAUUUCAAUAAUAAAAUUGUCUGUGAUCUUAUAGAGAACAAAGUUAAUCCACCAGGAAUUUUGAGUAUUUUGGAUGACGUCUGUGCGACAAUGCAUGCAACAGGAGAGGGGGCAGAUCAGACACUGUUGCAGAAGUUGCAGAUGCAAAUUGGAACCCACGAGCACUUCAACAGCUGGAACCAGGGCUUUAUCAUUCAUCACUAUGCAGGCAAGUUGUUUUUACUCGAAGAGAUGAGGGAAAGAAAAUACGAUGCAUACGCUCGAGCGAUUCAGAAGGCAUGGAGGAGAUAUGCUGCAAGGAAGAAAUACGUAAAAAUGAGAGAGGAAGCUUCAGAUCUGCUACUUAAUAAAAAGGAGAGGCGCAGAAACAGCAUCAACAGGAAUUUUGUCGGUGACUACAUUGGAAUGGAAGAUCUUCCUGAACUGCGGCAGUUCAUUGGGAAAAGAGAAAAGGUUGAAUUUGCAGAUGCUGUUACUAAAUAUGACCGAAGGUUCAAGAGUGUGAAGCGUGACCUUGUGCUCACCCCGAAGUUUGUGUAUCUCAUUGGACGAGAGAAGGUAAAGGAUGGUCCUAUGAAAGGCCAGGUGAAAGAAGUGCUAAAGAGAAAGAUCGAGUUGGAGCGGAUUUUAACCAUUUCACUGAGCACACUGCAAGAUGACUUCUUCAUCCUACAUGAGCAGGAGUAUGACAGUCUGCUGGAGUCUGUCUUUAAAACUGAGUUCAUCAGCCUCUUAUCAAAACGCUACGAAGAGCGAAUGCAAAGGAAACUACCUCUAAGAUUUAGUAACACACUUGAAAUGAAGGUGAGGAAGGAUAACUGGGGCCCUUGGAGUGCUGGUAGCUCUCGCCAAAUCCAGUUCAUCCAAGGCAAUGGGAACAUGGCCGUGCUCAAACCCAGCAGUAAAACCUUGCAGGUCAGCAUUGGCCCAGGGUUACCUAAGAACUCACGACCCACAAGGAGGGACUUGACACAAGGGAGACAACAAACAACUAGGCCUCAAAUAACAUCUGUCCCAACUCGAGCAGCUCCCCCUCCUCCAGGUUCCCAUCAGAAUGGAGUUGUAAAAGGUUUCCAUAACACCUCGCAAUGGCCACCUUUAAAUUCUCAACCCACUCAGAGAAUACCCUACCAAGGCACUAAGUCAGACCGACCAUCACUGCCAAGGCCAGGCGCCAACUUCGCAGAGCAACACGCCCGCAUUCAACAUAAUCUGGAUUUCCUGAAAGUGCCCGAGCAGGGUGCUGCAGGUAAACAUACUGGAAUGACACGACCAAAUGGAGGAAAUGCACGCAGACAGAUGACAAAUCGUCCACCCCCAGCGGGAGGUCGUCCUAAACCACAACCCAAACCCAAGCCUCAGGUACCACAGUGCAAAGCACUGUAUGCGUAUGAUGCUCAGGACACAGAUGAACUUAGCUUUAAUGCAGAAGAUGUUAUAGAAAUAGUUAGGGAAGAUCCCUCAGGCUGGUGGAUAGGGAGACUGCGAGGGAAACAGGGAUUGUUCCCCAACAACUAUGUUGCCAAGAUAUAAUCCUCUGUUACUAUCAAAAUCUAUUGUAAAACCAAAUCGAAGUAUCAUGAUUCUGCAGGUGAUGUUUUGCUGACUGGAGGGCAUACUGUAUAGAAAUGUAGUGUAUAAUUCAAAAAUAUCGGUAGUCUGGAGCUACACAACAGCUAGGAUAGUACUGAAGGAACUGUAAUUUAUUGUAUUUAUACUUUUGUUUCCUCACAAAUAAAGAUGUAUAACUGGUAGUUUAGAGAGAAUGUUGCAUUUAACUUCGAUGAUAGGUUAUCUGUGUUUUAUAUUCUUGCCUGGAAGUGCCCUUAGUCAAUUAAUGCUUAGCAGACCCUCAUGUAUUUCUUAGUGAUCUGCUGUUUCUUCAGGAAUAAUAGUGAUGAAAGGUGAAACUUCUCUUUUUUGGAGUGCAUUCCAAAUGGGGAAAAAUACUGAACUUUGCUGGGGUCAUGAAGAAUAUUUGCAUGUGACACCCAAAGAAAAUAGUUUCAGCUUUCUACCAAUUGCUAUGGGAUCGUAAACUUCAUUCGCGAUCAGUGUGAAGGUUCAAGGAGAAAGCGAUCUUCUCAGUACUGUACAAAUGUAACAUUUGCAUUUUAAAGUGCCUUUUAAUUAAAUACAUAAUGUGGCUGGUCCAUACAAGUGCUAUAUCUGAUGUAAAGUUGAGGUAAUAAGAGAAAAUGUUUUAGUCUUUUUCCUUUACUGUAUGUUAUGAAACUCUGAUUAUCCCUACAGGCUAAUGUCUAAAAAUUGCUUUAGGCCAGUGCUUACCAAAUGUUUUUCCACUGUGACUCCAUUUUGAGGCUGAAAAAUUGCCAUGACUUCGCAGCAAGACCUAUGAGGGAGGCUGUAAGGUGGAGUGGGUGGGUGGCUACAGAGAGCAGGGGCCUGUCUGUUCGACUACUGUUUUAGCUCAGUCAGAGCUCCAUGGCUGUCAAUAGUGUUUGAAGCACGUGAUCCCAAACUUUUAGCUCACAAUCCUACUUGAGGUCUGGACCCCCUUCCACCAUACAAACCACCACCACCACCACUUUGGGAAACCUUUCUUUAGGCUAUACAACUAAAAUAUAGAAGCUCUGUCAAAUACUGCUGCAUUUUCUGUUUGGCCAGUGUGGUAAAUUUUAUAAAUUUAUAUAUGGAUGAGAUUUAAAAUGUACUAGGAUUACUGGAUUGACAAUAAUAAAUUUAUUCAAAACUA